CAUUUCUACGCAGACAAGACGGUAACGGAAUCUCCUGCGACAUGGAUGUGUCAUUUCGCACAACAACUAAGCACAUAACUUUUAUUUGGAUUGUUCUACUGACAAUUAUGUUAUCCAAAGCCGACACAAAUGCUGUGAGCGGAUCGGAUAGUUCGUCCACGUCGGAUUUUGAUUGUUAUUUUUGCAGUACCAGUAGCGACGGAGAAGGCGUUGAGGGAGUGUGUGGUGAAGAAAACUUUUCUGAUGGUGAUUUAUUACGCUAUGGUAAUUGUGCUGGAGUGUGUACGAAAAAUGUAAUAUAUGCUGCUGGAACAGAUGAAGUGUUGCGGAUAAACCGUCUCUGUGAAGGUUCGUGUCCAGGAUAUUAUUCCGGCCACUGUAACGAGGCUUCCCAUGGCUUACAGACUUGUACCUACUGUUGUAGCGGCCAUCUGUGCAAUGCGUCAUUUCCUCUACAAGCUUCAUUCAUAACGUUGAUGGCGCUAGUGUUACCUGCGAUGAUUGUAGCGGCCAUGCAAUGAUAAGGAAAAGAUAAAUGCAUGAAAAGACUUCAUGCUUCUUGUCACUUUGUUUUUUGGAAAUUGCUCUAAAUUAUUUUUCAUUGUUGUUUAAGUCUUAGAUAUAUGUGCAGGUAAUGGGAACACGGCCAAACCAUUCCCACACAUUGACUAGUAUGAAUCACCAUUAAGACGAGAGUUCCUAUCAACUUCCCUAUUCAUAAUUGUAUUUAGUCAUAUUCAAGUUAGCAUGUGUAUGCUUAACUCAAUCUUCUGAUUGUUAUUGUCAUGCAUUCGUUAUAAGUUUGUUGAAGUUUCUUGCCAGCCUAUCAGCAACAUAAAACAUUUGUGAAGUACAUUUAUUUUACUCCUUGUAUUACAAAAGAUGCAACAUUGGUAACCUUACGUAUUGUUUUAAUACUUUUGUUGAAUAUUCAGUAUUUACAUUGGAGUAUUACUUGUAUACAUUGUUUGAUACAACACAGAAAAGUGUGCGUAUAUAAUUACUGGCGCUUUGGAUGUCUGGCGCAUAUACAUUCAAAGUACGUGCGCUUUACCUAGUUCUUUAUUUAACCCAACAACUACAUAUUUACGUCGUGGAAAAUUUGUUUAGUUCUCACUACAACUCAUGCAUAAUAAUCUAUUUAUACUAAUUAUUAUGCGUACUAUAAUGAAGAUAAUAUAAUUAUAAAUUUAAUGAUUUUCUUCUUAAGCUCAAGCACUUUAUUAGAGUAGCCAUUGCACUAAAAGUGGUACCACAGUAUACGCAAACGUUGUAAUAUAAACACAUUGUUGUUUAUAUUAUAGGUUAAUUGCAUAAUGAACACAUAAUUAUUCACUUGUUAGUUAUCACAGGUUUGUAUUUAUUAUAACCGAAACUCGAGUUCGUCCACCAAAGUGGAAACAUUAAACAUGAAUUAUUUUUUGUUAUUUUUUGAUACUGCAUGUUGAGGACCAAAACGAAUUAUGAAUGUAUUUGUUUUUUGAAAAAUGAAAAACACUAUUACGCAUGUGCAGCGAUUGUUAUCGCACGUACCAAAACAAUCAUCGACCAAUCACCAAUCCCCAUUUGUGUGUUACAACAAAGUUUUAAUUUGUUGAUAAAUCAUUAUCCAAAUUAUUCAUCAACAUACGACGUCAAUGUGAUGUUCUCGUCCACAUUGUUGCAUCUUUAAAUAUGUCAAUUAUUAUGUGAUUAUUUAGAGUACAGUGUGAUUCCCACCAUGUAUAUUUACUUUAUUUAAAGAGAUUCUUUGUAAUGAUUGAUGAUUUCAUUUGAUUGCUAUUAUCCACAUUUCGGAAUUGUUAUCUUUUGUACUUUGUACUGUGUUUGCGUUUUAUGCUAUUCGUUUGGCACACAGCAUUAGUUGUAAUUAAAAUAUUAUUUAGUGGGAAAAAUACCUAGGUCAUGUCAAACAAUGGGUAUAUUAUCCUGUAUUUAAUAUACAUAUUGUAAUGAUUAUUCGAAACUCCCUUGAGCAAUUAACGCCCACUAUUAAACUAUUACGUUCUGACCCUACUAGUAAACUAUUACGUUGUGACCCCAUGUAAAAUUGGGUUAAGUAGAAAUUACUUUCUGUAUAUAUUGUAAAUAGAAUUUUAUCUAAUAUAAUUGUAUUUUUGAUAUCUUAG